GUAAAUUUGGCCACUCGGCAAAAAAAGUUCCACGCCAAGAAUGCAUUAAUCACAGCUAGACACCUACUUAUAUAGACAGGUCAGUGCAUACAGAUGCGUAGGUCGACGUCACGAGUGUGCGCACACAGGUAAGAGCUGCCGGGCACUGCGUGACCCCUCCUCUCUAAUGAAUCAGUCAAUCAACGAAUGGCGUCGGUCAGCCGACGAAGACGCGCUCGAUGGAGUCGAUAUGCUGCUUACCUGUGUGCCAAUCAAAUCGCACACACAACAGCCAACCGACACUUUGAAAUGCCACCAAGCGCUGGCCGUCGGCGUGCUGUUUUGUAUACUCACACAUGGGGCAAUCCACUAGAGGGAUGUUCCACUGUCCGAAGCACGUGUCGCAAAAGGCUGACGUCGACAUACACACACACACAGAACAUACAAUUAGGGACACAGAAACAGACAAGUGAUCGACACGCAGGGGGGACUGACCGAGGUGUUUGCAGGGUCGUAUGAGUUGGGUUGGCUGGCGCUCCCGGCAGCCCACACAACUCUGCAGACCAUCUAUGAUCGCCUCACGCCGCGCUACCUGGCACAGACGCCACCGACAGACCCCUCCAACGGCGCAGACACGCCGCCUUCACCCGACGAAUCACUGUGUGCACGUGGGCGUACGCACCUCUGACUGCAGUCGACUCUUGUCCUCGGCGAGGCGGCUGCUCUCCCCCCUGGCCUCCCUCACCUCCUCCACCAGCUUCUCAUUCACCCCCCUUACCCUCUCUACGUCGCUCUCCAGCUCCCUCACCCGCCCUACCAGCAUGUCGGUCGCCCUCACGCGAAGGGUCUCGUACACACGGGCGGUCUUCUGCGCGCUGUCAUCGAUGCGGUGGAGGAUGGCUUGGAUGGCCUCUACGGGUGCCUUCGGCGACAGGGCGUCGAGCUCAGAUGCGAGCCUGCAGAGAGCGGAGGGAGGGAUGUGGUGUUGUCUUGUCUUGUCUUGUCGGUCUGUGUGGCGUUGGGCGGUGGGUGGCUCACGUGUCGGGGUGGUUUGCCUUGAGCUCUUUGAUCUGCUCCUCGGCGUCUACCAGGCGCUUCUCGGCGCCAUGUUUCUCCUCCAAACACCUGAACGAAACAUAGCACAUGGAUAAACAGAUGUGUAACCAUACACACGCAGGCGAGCGCACCUGUUGUAUUUGUCGUUGAUGUCGGUCGCGUAUUGCCUUAGCCGCUCGUUCUCGCGAAUCUGCUGCUUCAGCUGCGACUGGCUCGUCGCAUAGUAGCCAGACAAAUCGUCACAACUGCAUACACACAGCACACAGCACAACAGACGGCGAUAAGUCACGAGCUGGUGCCUGUGUCCGGCGUCCGGGAGGGAGGCACCUGUCGAUUUGGUCCUUGAGCGCCUGUAUCUCCCUCUGCUUUUCGCGCAGCUUCCGGCUCAGCUGCAGGUUGUCGUCCCUCAGCUCGACAUGCUCCAUCAGGUUGCGACUGUCCUCCGUGCGCAGAGGUAGGGGGUAAGGAAUGGGCUCA